GCGAGAGAGCGAGGGCCCGUUGCCAUGGCGCCACGGGCCCGGGUCUCGCGCUGCGCGGCCUUCAGCGCCUCCCACCGGCUGCACAGCCCAUUCCUGAGCGAUGAAGAAAACCGGAAACUUUUUGGGAAAUGUAACAACCCCAAUGGCCAUGGCCACAACUAUAAAGUGGAAGUGACUGUGCAAGGAGAGAUCAAUCCUCUUACAGGGAUGGUGAUCAACCUGACAGACCUCAAAGCCUACAUGGAGCAAGCAAUAACGGAACCUCUGGAUCACAAGAAUCUGGAUAAAGACGUCCCCUACUUUGCAGGGGUUGUCAGUACUACUGAAAACGUUGCUGUGUUCAUCUGGGACAGCCUCCAGAAGUGCCUUCCUACCGGAGCCCUUUAUAAGGUCAAAGUGCACGAAACCGAGAAGAACGUGGUGGUUUACAAGGGAGAGGGGGCGCCUUCCGAGAAGUUGGGGUGAGCUUGGGGUGGCCAUUGUGCCGUGAUUGAACAGCUCCAACUCGGCCAGUCUGUCGAUCCUCCAUCCAUCCCCCACAUCCACGUAUUGUUGGACUUGUGAGUGUAAAUGUUGAUCUGUUUGCUAAAGCAUCACGGGCCUGAGUUGAUACGAAACAGAUGUUUUAUGCAGCUGGGUGGCAUCAAACCUCCCUGCCCUGCAAGCAUUCCAGCGCGAUCCGAGAGUUAAG